UCAAAAAAACACAAAUGGAGAUGAAAAAUGAGAGAGAGAUGAAGCAUGAGUUCCAUGAGCAUCCCUUGGUGUUUGUGGAAGAGCAAAACAGUGAAGCUGAUCCCAAAGCUUACUGUUAUGGAUGCUGCGAAAUGGUUUCAGGUCCAUGCUUUAGUUGUGCAGUCUGUAAUUAUCACCUUCAUCAGAAAUGUGCGGAGGCACCGCUUUCAAUUUCCAAUCACCCUCUCCAUCCCAAGCACCCAGGUUUUUUUCUUAGAAAAAGGCCCUAUCCUGAUUCUAAGUAUGUAUAUGGUUGUGCAUUAUGCAAGGAAAAACGUAACAUGUUCUUUUAUGAAUGUCGUCAUUGUUGGUUUUCCCUUGACAUCAAAUGUUUUAAUUUAUCUUCUUCGUAUAACAAGGUCAACCCAGAGUCCAAACAUGACUUCCACCAACAUCCAUUGACCUUCAUUCAAACUCCCAUGGAUGAACACAAAAGAUCAUAUUGCUCUUGUUGUCAUCAACCGUUGCUUGAUGCAUUAUAUGUUUGUGUUGAUUGUCCUUUUAUCAUUCAUAAGAAAUGCCUUGAUGAGUUAUCCACAAUAAUUCAUCACCCUUCCCAUCGCCAACACCCUCUUUCUCUUGAGUCUAUUGAGAAUGCUCACUUUUGCAAGCUAUGUCAAACACAACAUUCUGGAUAUUUUUAUUCUUGUUCUCUUUGUAAUUUUAACAUCAACAUUGAAUGUGCAUGGGCAAGGUCUGUUGUUGAAGAUAAAAGCCACCAUCAACAUGCGUUCACCUUAUUUUGGAGACAAGACAAUUCAAAUUUGUACGACGUAAUUGAGCAAGAAUGCCAAUGUGAGGGGCUUAAUGCGGCUACGCAGUCUUCCAUCACUCGUGUUAUUGAGGUGAAUGAAGAUGGAGAUGCCACAAAGAUUGAGCAUUUCAUCCAUGAAGGUCAUUGCCUGGUGUUAGCAGACAAGAUGGAGGAGAAAACUGAUAGAAAAUGUGAUGGGUGUAUGCUGCCUGUCUCAACUAAUCUGUUCUAUCAUUGCUCGGAAUCAGAUUGCCAUUUUUGUCUUCACAAACAUUGUUCUGAGUUGCCAAGAAUCAAGCCUCUUUGGCUCCAUCGAUCCAAUGCCACUCUUCAAUCCAGAGACUUCCUAUUUUGUGACAUGUGCAACCGACCAUGUAGUGGUUUCUUCUACAAAAUUAAAGGAUACUACGAUGUUUGCUUAAGGUGUGCUAAAGUUCCUGAUAUCAUUGAAUCGCAAGCACAUCAACACUUUCUCUUUUUUGAUUUCAAAUGCAAGAAGAAGCCGUGUAAUGGUUGUGGCAACGAUUGGCAUAGGAAUGGUGCAUUCAGAUGUGGAAAGUGCAGUUUUGCUUUGGAUUUUCGAUGUGUAACAUUACCACAUUCAACUCGUCACAAAUCAGAUGAACACAUUCUAUACCUUAAUUCUCAUGAUGAUAAUGAUUAUCCAAAUCAUUGUUAUUGUGAUAUCUGUGAAGAAAAAAGAAAUCCAAGUCUUCAGUAUUAUCAUUGUCCAAAAUGUGAUACUUCGGCUCAUGUCAAUUGUGUUCUUGGAAAAUUUUCAUUUCUCAAGGAUGGAACCAGAUUGUCUGAUUAUUACAUCAACCCACAUGAUCAUGAUCUUAUUUUUCUUCAGAAGAUAGAGGGCUACCCUGAAUGCUCUCAUUGUGAACAGCAAGGAGGAGAGGAUGCCCUAGGAGACGAGUUUGGGAUUUGGGCUUCCCAAUACAAAAAUGGCUUACUAGAAGCUUUAGGCGCCAUUGCAGGCUUCCAGUGGAACUCAUUCGGAAUUUUGGAUGCGACGGUAGCAACGACGUUGGUAGGCAACAAAUGCGACUUGGAAACUAUCAGGGAUGUGAGUGUUGAAGAUGGCAAAAGCCUUGCUGAAGCACAAGGGUUGUUCUUCAUGUAA